UUUACUUUCCCAAUAAGCUUCGUGUACGCCUAGUCUCCAUUUGAUGCUCAGUUUGAGUUAGCCAAAUGGUUAAAUAGCCUCAGGCAGCGUCGGCGCCUUACAGCUAUUCAAUCAGUGCAAAAUUUUGACAUAAUCUAUUACUGAAAUCAAGACUUUAGCCUGGGACGAGCUCUGCCCAUCAACGCUCGCCUUUUGUCGCGAUCAUCUUGCUGGCAUGAUUUAGUAGCAAUAGGGACAAUCCUAUUCUUUAUCACAGGACCACGAAACCAAAUAUAAUCCUUAUUUCAUGCGACAAAUCGUCCCACGUUAGUAGGUAUCUUGAGAAUGGCAUUCUUACUUAAAGGAGGGUGGAUCGGCCUUGGAGAACCUCAAAGGAACCGGAUAGAAGAUACCGAUCCCUUGGAAGUGAUUGUUGAUUGUGAACAGGCAAAAUAUGAGUAUCGUGGCUGUUCAUGGCCUUAACCCUUACGGUGACCCUAACCAUCACAUCAAAACGUGGAGAGCAGAGCCAUUCGAGCCAGACGGCCCUACCUGGCUCGAAAAUUUCCUUCCGCAAACUUUCACGGAUUGCCGUAUAAUGUUGUACAGGUAUAAUUCAAAUAUAGCUUUCAAGACGGGAGCUGCAGGUGUUUCAAACCAUGCAGAAUCACUUUUGAACUCGCUCCUGGAAAAGCGAAGGGAAGCAAAAUACCGGCCCUUAAUAUUCUUUUGCCAUAGCCUUGGCGGUCUCGUCGUCAAGCAAGCAUUUGUCACGGACAAGAAGAUUUUUGAAGACAUUAAAGAUUCCACGAAAGGCAUGGCUUUCUUCGGCACUCCCCAUCAUGGCGCGAAAAAGAAGAGCCUAGCAAGCUUAGGUCUUGUUGUCGCCCAUAUAGUUCGGAAAGUGCAAGGCGCUCCAGGAAAUGCGCUAGCAAAGUCACUGGAGGCAGACAGUAACAUCACAGAUGAAUUAGCCCUUAUGUUUGAACGCCAAUCGAAAGACCUUCGAUUCAUAACAGUCUAUGAAAGUGUUAAGACGUCCGUGGGAGUAGUUGUUGAGCCAGAAAGUGCAAUUUUGGGCUUUCCCAGGAGUCGUGAAAUACAACUUGAUAUCGAGCGAAACCACUCUGACAUCUGCAAAUUUCGCAGUGAAAAGGAAUGGGCCUAUGAGCGGUUCAGUGGCUUUCUGAAGCUUAUGCUUGACGAUAUCAGCCGCAAUGUAGAGAAGGACAGGAGAAUGAGAACACUGAAAAGGUUGGACGAAGAAGAGGGGAGAUAUAACCCAAAGACGUUAAACUUCGCUACCAACACGGACAUGGAGUUUCAAAACCGUGGAAUGUUCAAGGACUCGAUCGCACUCAACAGAGAUAUUAUUCGAAGGAAGGAAAAGGCGCUUGGUUCCGAUCAUGCAGACACUCUCUUCAGCCGGCAAAAGCUCGCCUGGGCUCUACAAAGCUUAGGUGAAUAUAAGGAAGCAGAGGAUAUCCUCAAAGACAUGAUGGACGCACACGGGCAAGAUAAACGCGCCAAGCUACUAACUCAGAGAGUUCUUGGUCAUGUGCUCCAGCGUCUAGGUAAAUAUACUGAAUCUCUGAAGAUAACGAGUGAGGUGGAGACACAAAGCAAAAUCGACCUCAGUGAGAAAGAUCAAGACACACUUUCGAGCAGCCAUAACCUGGCUUGGCUUCAUCUACUGAUGCAUAACUACAAAAAAUCUGAGCCACUUUUCCGCAGCGUCUUAAAGGAUAGGAAGGCUACGUUGGGCCCGGAAAACAUCAACACACUCGAUACCCAAGGGGCUCUUGCAUAUGUCCUUAUGCUGCAAAAGAAGUAUCCGGAAUCGAAAAAGUUGAGAAAAGAGGAAUUAGAGAUCAGAGGAAGAACGCUAGGGGCUGGCCACAAUAGCACUCUCGAGUGUAUGAGGAAUCUCGCAUAUCUACUAAAUAAGAUGGACGAGGUAAAUGAGGCUGAGUCUUAUUACGAAAAAGCGUUGCAAGGCAAACGAGCUCAGUUCGGGAUUGACCAUCCAGACACUAUAGACACCGAACAGAACCUCCGACAUGUCCGGGAAGGGAAGAAAUCCCGGAAUCAUGGAGGUGAGAGCGAUGGUUAAAGGAGAAGGAGAUGAUGAGGAGAGACAAUCGGAGUCUGGAUGGCAGCUCGUGUAAAACGGAGAAAACAGCGAUAAAAAAUCGUCGGCCUAAAUGUUUUCCCUUUCAAUUGAAGCCAAGCAGACAACCUAUGAUGGCUUCAUUUCUAUGCUCUCUAAUGUCACAACGCUUGAUUCAAGUUUUGUCUCUCCCAUGUAUAUUGUAUCAGAAUGACAGA